AUGGCACGUAUAGCGGCGGAUCAGGUGGUGGAAUUCACGCUCAAAGAGGAUGGGGGAUCGAAUCCUCAUGAUGUUCCGCAGGAAUUGGUGGAUGAGGAGGUUGUACCCUCUCAAAAUCAUGAGGGCCAACAGCAGGUCAUCGAUUCAGAGGAUGAUCAGUCGAAUGACGAUCACCUUCCAUUUGAGAUCAAGAGAAGGUCACCAGGUGGGGUCUCCAUGGAGACUCGAAAAGGCUUGACUGGACGUGUUCACCGCGUGGUUGAGGCAUUUGAAGCUGGAUUGGUCUUUGCUCAAGCGGAGGAGAUACCUCUUGAUGGGCCUCGCUCGACUCUCAAUGAAUAUGGGACUAAUCUCAUGGACCCACCAGUGGAGAACAGAAAGCGUGUGCUCGAGGAGUUGGAUGGGGAGGUGGGUGAUCCCCCUACCCCGAAGAAGCAAUUUGUGGAAUCAUCUGAUGAUCUGGAAAAGGUGGAGAAAGCCAGCCUCGAGUGGCCCCAAGGUGAUAAAUGA